CAGUACUAAGACCUACGAAUUAUAACACGUCAAUAUCAAUGGUCACAUAUCAAAGGUAGAAAUUGAAUGUCCCGCCAUGUGUUUGGCGCCCCUGCUAUCAUUGGAGGGGAGAUGGCCAGUAAGAAGGGAGGACUUAGACACGGGUGAUGGCGGGCCAAUGGCAGGCCGCCUCACACGUGCCGUAGCCUUCCGGCGUCCCCCCGACAGAAACCAACAUGGCGGAGCAAAAGGAGAGUGCAGGGACAACUGGCAGUGAGAGUGACACAGGUGAUUUGGCAGAUGGAGAGUUUGAACCCACAGCGGAAAUGCUCGUCGAUGAUUAUGAUGAUGAGCGAACAUUAGAUGAGGAAGAGGAUAUGGAGGAAGGCCCUGACCGGGAAGAGGAGAUUGACAAUUUAGAGAAGGAACAAGAUAUGCCUAUUGCUGAGUUAUUAGCCAUGUACGGCGGCUACCCACCAGGGGAGGGAGAAGGGGAGGCAGAAGACCAGGCCAAUGGUGAGGGAGAAGCAAAUCAAGUGGAAAACGAAAAUGAGAACAGUAAUGAGGCUGUAAUAGAAAAUGAGGGUGAAGGUGAAAAUGAGGUUGAGGAACAAGAAGAGCCAGAAGUUAUAUCUUCAAGAUCUUCUACUUCAGAAGAAAAUGUAAAUAAUCAUGAAAAGGAAAUAAAACCAGAAGUAAAACCUGAAAGGAAAAGAAGAGAAAAGCCUUCAGAAUUAGCCCAGCUCUAUACAGAUAUGGAUACCAAUGGUGAUACCCAAACGUCAACCUCAUCUCGAUCACUUAGAUGUCACAAGCCUCUAGGAAUUUUAUCCACUGGAAGCUCUAGACAACAAAGUGAAGAUGAAGAGGAAGAAGAAGGUGAAUAUUCAGGUGAAGAAGAAGAUUGGCAUAAAACUAUUAUGAUUGGUUCAUCUUACCAAGCACAAGUUCCUGAAGGCUUGCAAGCUUAUGGUGCAACACCACCGUAUGAAAAUGAAGACAAACUCUUAUGGGAACCUGGGAAACUAAGUCCUAAGCAGGUUGAGGAAUACCUACGAGCCCUCAGUCAUCCUCCCCCAGGCUCACAAGGUGUUGCUGCCAUUCCCCUUGGAAAGCACGUCCGGGAUGAUGAGCAAGCUUUAUACUUGCUGCUCCAGUGUGGAUAUAAUGUUGAUGAAGCUUUACGAAGGCACCGCAUGAAUCCUACCCCAUUGGCCUCAACGAUGACUCUCUGGUCUGAGGAAGAGUGUAGAAAUUUUGAAAAUGGCUUAAAAACUUAUGGAAAAGAUUUUCAUCUAAUCCAACAAAAUAAAGUUCGGACGAGAUCAGUGGGUGAAUUAGUACAGUUUUAUUACCUCUGGAAGAAAACUGAACGGCACGAUCUCUUUGCAACUAAAACGAGAAUUGAAAAGAAGAAGUACAUUGUUCAUCCUGGCACUACUGACUACAUGGACCGGUUCCUAGAUGAGGGAGAGGGAGUCGGAGGUCCAUCAUCCUGGCGUGACAAUCGCUCUUCCUCACCAAGUCUCCAUGCGCUACUGUAUGGGCGGCCACCUCCAGGAAAUAGUGCAGGAGGUGCUGGAGGUGUGGUCGAAAGGUCAUCCACACCGACGUCCGUUGCUCAACCUGCCCAGCCAACUCCUGCCACAGAAAGCACUGGAAACAGUGUCAACAGAGACAGUGAGGCACAUGGUACUUAUACAGGACUAAAUCAAAUGGAAGACUUAGCCCGCCAUUUAGAUCCUGAUUCUAUUGAGUCCUUGGCUAAGAUGACAACCUCUACAAACACUUCUGUGUCAAUAGCCAGGACUGGAAAAAGAAACAGUAGUCCUCAUCCUAUGGAUGUAGAUAUUUCUAUAUCACGUUCCUCAGUACUAAGUCCCCAGACAGUUGGUGUAGAAACCAAAAGUGUAGCCAUGGCUGAAACUGUGGCACAGUGAAAUAUGUACUCUUAUUUGCCUUUUCUAAUGUGUGUGAGAAGUGUUGAGGUUGUGAAAAGUGCAAAUAUUGGUUACCGGGGAUGCUGACCACGUAACCAAGAGGACUACAAAUUUGCCUUCUAUAUCUAAUUAUCAAUAGACACUUGCUUGGAAGUUCUGUGAAUUUCUUAAAGCGCGCUAAGAAGUUCUGUGAAUUUCGAAUAGCAUGUGUGACACUUUGGAUUCCUGUGAACUAAGCUAAGGAGUGUGAAAACCCUUGAACCACUGUGUCAAAUAUUAUUGGUAUUUGUUAAGAAAAUGAGUGUUAUAUAUAUACAAGGAAAAUAUAAACUGUGAUUUACACAGAUAAAUUAUCUAAAUAUUUAAGUAAAUGAUAUGCAGUGACACAUACCCUAGACACUUACAGUGACACUAUUAUGACGAGUGUGGGUUGCAAAGAAAUGUAUAUUAAGUAACAAUAUUUAAGAAUUUUGAUAUUUUUAUUUGAAAUUGUGGAUCCCUAUUGGAAAAUUAGGUAAUUAAGAAAAUAAGUUAUUUAAAAUAACAACUGCCUCUUAAUGAUGUGAUUAUUUUUUUUGUUCAAUUGAUUCCCUUAUUAUUAUUAUUAUUAUUAUUAUCAUUAUUAUUGCUGUUAUUUUUAUUACAUUUAUUUAUUAUUAUUUUUUAUGAGUACUUUCAUGGCCUGUGAGACUGGUACAUCUUGGCCUUACUUUUCAUCUUAUACUAUCACUUGAUAAAGUACAUCUUAAUCUUAAAGAAAAAAAAUAAUAAUUUGUAUGUUCAUUCACAUUCGGAAGGAUGUGGAUUUGUAAUAAUUGCACAGUUUCCCUCUGUAAUACCUGAGAGCACAAGAUAGGUACUGUUGUUCCUUUACUAUUGUGUCACCUAAAGAUUUUAUAUCCAUGAACAAUGCCAAUGAUAUGCUCCUCUCUCUCUCUCUCUCUCUCUCUCUCUCUCUCUCUCUCUCUCUCUCUCUCUCUCUCUCUCUCUCUCUCUCUCUGAAGUUAUGAUAAGUAUUUUUACUUCAGAUUUACAGUCAGUAAAUUUUCAGAUAUUAAGAAAAGUUUGGCAUAGAUAAUUGAAACACUUGAGCUAUUUAGAAUAGUAUCAUAACAUUAACAUUCAUUAUGAAAGAACCCAAUGUGUAUCCACUUGUCUGUAUUUCUGACACUAUACCUUCCAGGAACUCCCUCCAAUGGGUGGCUAUGAAAAAGUUCACUGCUCUGCCAUUCUGGACAAUACACAUCCUGAUUGUUGCUCUCUUUGUUAUUUAAAAAAAAUUAUUAUGUUUUCCACAUCCUUAGAGUUUGGUGCAAUAAAUCGUGGAAUGAUGUGGUCAAAUGGGACAUGAGAGAUAUAAACAUGAACAGGGAGGUUGUUCGGAAUUUUUGCAGCUUUUAAAAGUCACAAUUUAAUGAAAAAGGCAGACACGUGAAAGUAUGUAUAAAUCUUUUGAAAUAAUGACUCUCUCUCUCUCUCUCUCUCUCUCUCUCUCUCUCUCUCUCUCUCUCUCUCUCUCAGAAUUGUUACUUACUUUUGUCACCUUUUUAUUUUAGGAAACUUUUCAGAUUUAGAUUUUUCAUGUUAUCCGUACAUCCAUUUCACUAUUUCUACCACAUAUCAUUAAUUAUUUCUUAUUGUCAUGCUGUUAUUGCGUAGCUAACCAAAUUGUCUGGAUUGGAAGAUUUAACUCACUUGUUUUCAUUCCACACAUUAAAGGCAAAUGUGAGAUAAGCAUGAAAGAUAUAUGACCAAGGCUUUGUGACAAUCCAACUAAUUAUACACCAGUCUAGUAUCUCCAUAACUGGAAUAGCCACUACAAAACGAUAGAAACGCACAUGCGCACGCACACACACACACACACACACACACACACACACACACACACACACACACACACACACACACACACACACACAUCUGUAAUUGUGACUACAUAGGGAGUAGAGGGGAUGAAGGUACCAAAUGUUUCAUAGGAUCAUUAUUGAGCUUCAUGCACCAUACUGUAAUGAUGUGUUUGCUUGAGAUGUUGUUUCUUUCAAUGAACAACAAAACAAUAUAUUUUUAUUCUAUUUAUUCUUCAGAUACACCAAAAUGUGUUGCAAGGGAAUGUUUCUUUAUUAUUUUUUAUUUACCUUUUAUUGUCCAAGUGCUCUCUGAAGCCUUCUUUCCUGCAUUCUAAUGUUUUCAGAAUAAUCACAUUCACUGUCCUGUGCUUCUUCAGUGUGAUACUAUAUUUUAUUGGACUAUCAUCUCAUUUAUGCAUUUUUUUUUCUCCCCUGACAAUUUGUUUCAUAUAUUUUUUAUCUGUCAUGUUGAUAUCUUAUAAUUCACUGCUACUGCCAUAACUUUAUUUGAACAGUACCUGGAUCAUCCAUUAAUAUCAAGAUUACUGCUAUUCUCUUAAAAAAUGAGGUGGCUGUUACUGUAGAAGAGCUGAUGCCACAGACAUAAUAUUAAUGUUACUUAUUAUGUGCAUUAUAUCUUCAUAAUUGUGUUAACAAUGUAUUAGUAGAAAUUGAACUGAAAGUCUUGCUGAGACAGCAUAUGUCUGUGAUGAAAAAGUCAAUGCAUUGUAGAUAUUUUAUUUACAUUUUUUCUUUGUCUCUUUUCCAUACAUCUCAUUGAGGCUACUGCUUGAAAAUUCACUAAAAUACUAUGAGAAAAAGGUUUUGAUUUUGAACAAUUAUGAUUUUAUUAGAUGAACAACAGUAAGUUAUGGUCCACUAAAUGGAAUUGAAUAUUCAGUAGCUUGUAGGAUUAUGAAGGCAACUUAACUUCACAAUCCUACAAGUUCAUUAAGCAAUAUUCCAAAUUGACCAUCAGAAGAUUUAUAGAUAUUUACAUCCCCUACAAAAUAUAGAGGAAUAAAAUGCUAUUACUUUAC